AUGGUGAAAAGAUCAAAGCAGAGGUUAGUUUUAACAGGGAAUCUGAAUUUUAAUUUUAAUGAUUGUAAUUUCUUAGUAACUCUAUAUUUCAAUUACUCAUUAUUACAAGAGAGGGAAGUAAAUAUAGAUUACUUUAUAAAGUAUAAUAUUAAGAAAUUCCAAAAUCAAAUGUUCUUAAGAAGUUCAAUUCUAAACAAUUCUACUAAGAAACAGAAUAAAAAGAGAUUAUACUACAACUUAGUUCAAAGAGAAACUUUCCUCUAACAGAAAUAAUUAAGUUUAACUAAAGCUCUUAGAAAAACUUUAUUUAGAACAAACGUACUUAUAAAGGACAUUCUAAGGAAAAGUUUGUAUCAGGCUUUUGAUUGUGUAUUCGACAUGGUAGGAAAAAAUCUUUAUGUACAAUAGGAUAGCUCCUUGUCAGUGAAAGUCAAUUUUUGCAGUGUUCGACACUAACGCUUGCCCACUUGCCCGGGGCAAGUAGAAUUAUGCGUUGGGCAAGUGUGUAAGCUGCACAGGUUGCCCGUUUGGGCAAGUAGUUAAGGAUAACACUCGAUCGAGCCGCUGGGACAAGAAUAAAAUCCAACAGCUGCAGCAAAAUCACCUGAUCCCUUUUUUGAAAUUUUAGUCAGGUAAACGUAGAAGAAGAAUGAGAAACAAGUACAGUGACGGGUCCUUACGCCGAUACAUUGAGUAUUUCGUUUUCCGCCAUGUUUUUCUUCACGAGCAAGUAUUCAUGGGUAAGUUUGUACCCAGUCCUCUCACGUACUUGCCACGAACUACCAAACUUACUACCAAACAAACAAAGACGGCGGCCUGAUGAGCAAUCAUGAGUUUAUUUCGUUCUGGUUUUACGCAGAAGUCACUGGACACAGUCAUUAAAAGCGAGGACAUCCAAGCAACACAACAAUUAAAUUCUACAAAGCUUAAGGAACUAGGAGACAAGAGAAAAGCUGAAUCUCAACCAGAAGUCUUCGCUGGGAAAAGCAAACGAGAUCGAAAAUACCAAACGUCAUGGGAGCGCGACUUUCCUCGGCUUGUUCACGAUGAAGAAAAGAACACCAUGAAAUCUCGCUUGGGAUUUACGCUAGGCAUUAAAGUUAGAAGGCAAAAGUAUUGAAAAUUCAAUGAAACUGCGAGCAAAGCGAGCUGCUGAUUUUUUGGGGGCAACCAAAAAAUACACUCGGCAAGUAAAACUAGCGACAUAGUUGCCCAGAGGGCAAGUUACCAGGAAAAUUAGUGUCGAACACUGUUUUGCAGCAGUGCUUAAGGGAGAGUAGAUCUCAAUACUUAAUCAAUAAACACAUUAUUUAAAGGUAUGAACGAGAACCAGCUGGCCCGGUAGAGAAAAGGAGAAAAACGACCGUCCAGCUUACAACAUCUCGACUUACACGUUCCAAGACUAACCCAUACAACAGGGACGUGUGUUUAUUCUGCGAAAAGGCCUCAGGAUAUCGAGACACUCUAAGAACUGUUAGCACCAACUCUGCUGGCAAGUCACUUCACGAAGCGAUCGAAAUUUCAGGCAAUAAUGAGCUUCGAGUUAAACUGUCUAGCGCAGUGGAUUUGAAAGAUGCCCAUGCAAUUGAUUUUGAAUAUCAUAAAAAGUGCUGGGGAAAGAACGUUUCAAUUGUGCUUCGUCAGCCAAUAACUGCAGCUACGUCAUCAAGUAGGUCCCUAACUGCAGAAGUCGCAGCAAAAAUAGAGUUCCUAACCACAACCGAGAUUGCUUUAAAGAAUGGUAACGUGUUGAUUAUGUCAGAUAUACAGGCUGCUUACGAUAGUAUUCUCAAGGAAAAUGGUAUACAAAAUAAGACCUGCAGUCGUAAAUUGCUAAAACAACUCAUAGAACGUAACAUUGAUGACGUUGAGUUUCAUAAGCCUAAAAGAGUUAAUAGGGCCAUUUAUGCGAGGAAAAAUAAGACGCGUCUAACAUAAGACGCGUCUUAAAUAAGACGCGAACUUUCCGUAUAAACGACACGUUUCGUCUAAAAUAAGACGUUACUGAGCUAAGACGCGUCUUAUUAGAUAAGACAUGCUCGUAUAAAUGGUACAGUUCGCGUCUUAUGUAAGACGCGUCUUAUUUUUCCUCGUAUAAAUGGCCCUAAUGAGUCAGAGAGAAUAACAAUAAAGGAAACAAGAGAUGCAGUCAUCCAAUUGUUAAUCCAGGAGAGUGACGUGAAAGAUGAUACUAAGACGUUGUAUGUUGCAGCAUUGUACUGGAGAAAGGUUAUCAACAAGUCCAAAAAGUGGGUGUUUGAGGGCUCGCUAGUAGGAAUUCUUUCCAAAGAUCAUUUCCCUGAGGAACUCUAUUGCUUUUUCAGAUGGGUGAUCAACGGCCCUAACACUGCUCUUUCCAUAGAAGGAAAAUGCUAG